AUGCUGUUGCAAACAGACAGCGAGAGGUAUCCCCGCAAAAUCCAAAAGCUUUUCGCUCCUAGACUACCGUUUCCUUGGAAGAAGCCUAUCGAUCAUCCGCCAGAAAAACGCAGGACUACACCCAUCACGCCGAUCUCACUGUGGAGAGACGAGAUCGAGAAGUACAAGGCUGACCAUCCACCUCAAGCGAAGGAGGAAGAGCCGAAGAAAUCCAAAAAGCAACUUCAUGACGAAUCACAAAGAAGGCAGCUGGAAGCCUGGGAAGACACCGAGCUGUUCGAGCAGAAUGAGUUCAUCAAAGACCCUUACAGAACCGUCUUCAUUGCACGCCUUCUAUAUUCCCUAACAGAGCUCGACAUAUCCAAGUUAUUCAACAAGUUCGGCGGCAUUGAGUCAAUUCGUGUGAUAAGAGAUACAAACACUGGUCUUUCACGAGGCUACGGCUUUAUAGUGUUUGAACGUGAGCAGGACGCCAAAAACUGUAUUAAAGAGUUAGCUCCCACUGGACUACCCCUAGAAAAACAGCCAUCCGAGGUCAAACCUCGAAAAAUCUUGGUUGACAUGGAACGUGGCCGGACUGUCAGAAACUGGCGUCCUCGGCGUCUUGGUGGUGGACUUGGUGGACGUCAUUAUUCACUGUUGACUGCCCUGCUGUCGAGAGAUGCCUCGGCAGCAGCCUCUGGAAGAAGAACAAAUCUUUCGUCCAAUCCUUAUCAACAAUCGCAGUCUCUGAGCUACGGCAAAUUCAACAAAAGGCCACCAUCGGACCGUCUUGGUGGUCCAGCCAAAAGAUUCGCUCCUUCAUCAGGUGCCCCAGCACCAGCUUAUGGCAGCAUAGCAUCCACUUCUGCUAGCAGAACUCCUCAGUCAAUCAGGGACAAAUACGCUAAAUAUCUGAAGCCCGGCGAUGGUGCUUCUAGCAGAGACUCCGGCUCUGAUUCGAGAUCUAUUCGUUCGAUACGACGCGGAUAA